AUGUACACCUCAUCAUCCGUUGAUCCACCCCCACGUGUCAUAUCCAUGUACACCUCAUCAUCCGUUGAUCCACCCCCACGUGUCAUAUCCAUGUACACCUCAUCCGUUGAUCCACCCCCACGUGUCAUAUCCAUGUACACCUCAUCAUCCGUUGAUCCACCCCCAUGUGUCGUAUCCAUGUACACCUCAUCAUCCGUUGAUCCACCUCACGUGUCGUAUCCAUGUACACCUCAUCAUCCGUUGAUCCACCCCGUGUCGUAUCCAUGUACACCUCAUCAUCCGUUGAUCCACCCCACGUGUCCUAUCCAUGUACACCUCAUCAUCCGUUGA